AUGUCUUUACAUAAAUUGAGUCCUCAAAGAAGUAAUCCAGAUGCUUGUACUACUAAUUUAAGAACUUACAAAGAAGUUAUUCCAUUAAACCAAUCAUGCAAUCUCUCUGUUGUAAAAUUUGUAAAGAAAUCAAGAGCGGAGAAUGAGAAGAUCGCAGCAACCUUGACUGAAAGUAUUUAUCAAAAAGACAUUCAUGCUCUCAUACGAAUGACAGACCGGUUCACAGAAGCCGGUAACAAUAAGAAAAGAGUAAGACCAUACAAAAUAAAAACAUUAAGAGAUGUUUACCACGAAUAUGCUGCAAAAGGGUGAAAGAGAGUCAAAAAGAUAAAAAGCCCCAAAUGAAUACAAGAUAAAACAGAUUUCCCAUUAAGGAAGAUUCCUCUAUUUUCCACUCAUCAUGUAUCUGAGAAAAAGCUAGAUAAAUCUCAAUGGAUUAAAAUGAGAAAUCAUAGAAGCCCAAUAAUUGUAUCAAGGAAUGCAUUCAUCACAUUACAGAAAAGAAGAAAUGCGUCUAAAAACUUAACAAAUAUAACUUCAAUACCUAGCAAAGUUAAAGUUUGUAAAGACAAUCAAAGAGAAAAUCUUGACUUAAGAGUAAUAAAUACAAACUUGCUAUCAAAACUUAAUCAACAUAAAUGCGCAGAUUCAACAACAUUUGAUUCCAACAAAUGCUCUCUAGUCUCCAGCUUAAAUUUUAAGUGAAUCUGUGGUAUUGGAAGCAACAUGCAUCACUGUGAGGCUGCUCAAAGAUGGACAGAAUACGCCUAUAGACAUCAUUCGCGAUCUUUCGAUUUUGAAAAAGACUCAGAAAUCUUCAAUGAUAUGCUCACACUUGCAGAGUCAGACUCUGCAGUGCAAGAAUCGGUGCAGCAGAUCAAGAAUGACAUCUGCAGAACCGUCACUGACGAAGAGUUCUUCUGAGUGGGCGGCAGAGGCUACACAACCAUGUUGGAAGUGCUGACUGCCUUCGCAUUGUACGAUAAGCCGUGCGGAUAUGUGCAAGGAAUGAACUUUAUCACAGCUUCAUUAGCUUACCAUUGUGACUCGGCAACUGCGUUCUGGUUGUUUGCAUCGCUUAUUGAGGAUUAUGAUUUGAGGAAAAACUACCUUCAAGGAUUUGAUGGAUUCUAUAAAUGAGCGAAAGACAUAGGUGAAGAAUCUCAAGAAAAAAUCCCGAAAAUCUUUAAAUUUUUAGUAAGUUCGCAAAAAUUAAAUUUUAGGAAGACAACAGCGUAAGAAUCUUUGAAAACCUUAAUUAAAUUAUUAUAUAGAUUAGUUUUGAGAUGAUAACCUUGGAGCCAGUUAUGAGUUUGUUCUGUAACAUGAUCCCAUUAGAAGAAUCUGUAAGAUCUUAGAGUUAUUAUAUAGAAACAUCAUUUUGAAAAAUUCUUUAAAAGAGGAUGGAAAUAUUUUAACUCUCUAUUCAUCAACUUCUUACAAGAAAUAUCUCUUGAAUUGUUCGAAUGAGAAGAUCACUGUGAUAUUCUUAGACUCUUCAAAGAUUACUAUCAUUCAAGAGGAUAUCGACAAAGCCAAACACAUAGAAGAAUCGUCCUCCAGAGCUGAACUACAGCGGAUUCCU